CAUAAGAAAGAUCCCACCAGUCCCCUCUUUUUGAUCCACCUUCUCUCUCUCUCUCUCACUGUCACUACCACUCCUUCAGAAUCUCCUUCUCAGCUUCUGACUGUCCAUUAAUGUCUCAAUAACAACUCACAUUCGCAACCCAAAAGAAUAGAAGAAGCAAUAUACCAUUCAAUCCAUAUUUCUCCCAAAAAAAAAAUUGGUGAAGAAAAUGAAGCUUCCAUUUCGCUUCAAGACCACAGAAGCAACAGCUUCAUGGCCAUGGCUGUCUUGUGGAAACCCUAAAACCCUCUCUUUCCGAGCCGGCAGCAACUCUGCUGCCGGCAGCAAAAUAUUCAAGACAACCAACUCUGCUGCCAUGGACAUGCCGACGGAGUCAUGGUUCACCACCACCUCAGAGUCGGGAAGCUUCUGGCUCGAGUUGGAGGAGGCCAGUGGUGGGGAGUCGAUAGAGACAGUGAUACGAGGGUUAAGGUCGGCAGAGACGCCAGAGAGGCUGUUUUUCGAGCUGGGAGAGACGAGUUCGAUACUAGAGGAGGCGAAGACAAAUGGGUUUCCAUUCAAAGAGAGUACUGUGGUUAUGGCAAUGGAUUCUAAGGAGCCUUACAUGGACUUCAAGAGGUCAAUGAAAGAAAUGGUGGAGGCUCAUGGGUUGAAGGAUUGGGAAUGCCUUGAAGAGCUCCUGAGCUGUUAUUUGAGGGUCAAUGGAAAGAACAAUCAUGGGUAUAUAGUUGGAGCUUUUGUUGAUUUGUUGCUUGGUCCUGCUUUUGCUUCUUCAUGUUCAUGUUCAUCUUCUUCUUUUAAUCAUGAGCAAUCUUCUUCCAGUACUACCACUGCUCACACUCUUACCUCUCCUCUAUCAUUUUCUUCUUCUACUUCUUCUAGUCCUUUUUAUCUUUAUUAGAAAUCGAGAAACAGUAGCUUAUAGUUCAUCUUCUUCAGAUGCCUGAUUCUUUGCCAAAUCAUGCAUGUACGUACACUACUAGUUUGAGAAAUGAUUGUGAAACUUCAUUCUGU